UGAACUCUGACGAGAUAUCGUUCCCAAAACGAGAGAAGCCUGUGCUUCUCCCACGCCCUCUCCAUCUUUCUCUCGAGCCUUCGCCAAUGGCCAUGGCUUCUCUUCACCAUCUCCAUAGAGCUUCUCUUGACCCCAUUUUUCUCUCCUCUGCCCCAUUAGAAGCGGUAACACCUCCAAAACUGUCAAAGAACCAAAAGCCUAGCCAUGCAGCGUCUCCAAUGUUGAGGAGAGAGGCACUGUUGGUCUCUGCUAUAUCUUUCAACCUGAUAGCACUGUCAUCUCCUAUACAGGCCAGAGAGAGGAGGAACAGGAAUACUAUCCCUUUGGAGGAGUUCAUGACUACCUCCGAUGGACUAAAAUACUAUGAUGUUGUUGAGGGUAAGGGUCCAAAAGCUGAAAAGGGUUCUAUUGUUCAGGUGCAUUUUGACUGCCUUUAUCGUGGCGUUACUGCUGUAUCAAGUCGUGAAUCCAAACUUUUAGCUGGCAACCGCAUCAUUGCGCAGCCUUAUGAGUUCACUGUUGGAUCACCUCCGGGCAAAGAAAGGAAGCGAGAAUUUGUAGAUAAUGCAAAUGGGCUUUAUUCAGCUCAAGCUGCACCAAAGCCACCGAAAGCUUUGUACACUAUAACUGAAGGAAUGAAAGUUGGAGGAAAGAGAACUGUGAUUGUUCCUCCGGACUUGGGUUACGGACAAAAUGGCUUGAAUGAAAUUCCACCUGGGGCUCCUUUUGAACUGAAUGUGGAGCUCUUGCAAGUUAUGUCACCAGCAACAGCAAAGUAAAAAGCCUUGUGGUCUUGAUGCUGAAUUUUUGCCUAAUUUGCAUUUGUGAAGUUCAAAAGGUUAAUUUUGUAUACGUUUGGUCAAAAUUUUAUGAAGGAACUUUCUGGAAAUAAAGUAGUAGUUGUAUUUCUAUUUA